CAACUGCUUUAUCAGUCCUUUUUCCUCUCUCUCCAUGGAACCUCCUCCGCUUCUCGCCGUCGCCGGCUCCAGCGCUUAUGACUCAUCGUCGACACGUUUCCGGCCGAUUCAUCCCUUGUCGGAGAAGCUUCCAUCGGCGGUCGGAGGCGGCGCCGGUAAGCUGCGGCUGAUGUGCAGCUAUAACGGCCACAUAAUUCCAUCUCCCCACGAUAAAUCUCUUCGAUACGUCGGCGGCGAGACCCGAAUGAUCGUCAUUGAUCGGAACUCCUCUCUCUCCUUCCUCAUAAACCGUCUUUCCAAAACCCUAAUCACCGGCGGCGAAUCUUUCACUCUCAAGUAUCAACUCCCAAAUGAAGAACUUGAUUCUCUCAUUUCUGUUACCACAAAUGAAGAUCUAGAAAACAUGAUCGAUGAAUAUGACAGAAUCUCAGCCACCCAGAAAUCAUAUCGUCUCCGUCUUUUCCUCUUCACGUGUAAGAAACUAGAUUCAUGUUCAUCAAUCCGAUCCUUACUCGAGAACAAUAACAAAACAGAUGAUCAGUUUCUCACAACCCUUAAAAAAAGUAAUUCCACGAAGGAAUCCCAGGAAUCUAACAACCUAUUAGGUGAUCUUAACGAUGAAAUCGCGGCGGCGAUUGCAGCCAAUGAUAGAUCGUCGGAGAUUAAAGGGAUGAAUUUGAACAGAGCUUUCUUAGAUGAUGAAAGAUCCGAACAGGGGACAAGAAACCCAUCUCAAAUACAGACUCAUUCGCCGGCGGCGGCGACGGUGACGGCGCAACCCAAUCCGACCGGCGGGAUUGAAUUGCUUUCUCCCGAUUCUGUUUCAAGUGAGGGUAGUACUAUGGUAUACCAAGAUUCAACCUUUAUCAACAACAACAUGGUCCCAAUUGAUCAAACGUUGUUGGCUCCGACGACAGUUAACGAUUAUGGUUACCUAAAAUACAAUAAUCAGCAUCAUCAUCAUCAUCAGUUUAUUCAAAAUGGGACCAAUUAUAUUAACCAAUCCACACCUUAUUAUUCAAUAUACCCUCCUCCUCUGCCUCAACACCAAAUUAUCUAUGUUACUUCUAGGCAAACCCCAUCUUAUCUCCAACCAUCGGCUAGUUCUUCAUCUUCGGUUGGGAUUGCAAAUCUUAAUAAACCAGAAAUGUUCAUGGGUUCAACAGAAUUAGGUCUUCAAUCAUCAAUUCAGGUGUAUUCCGGGCAGCAUCAUUCACAACCUGAAUAUUCUCGUGGUCCUAUUAUGUUUCCCAAUUAUGCCAAUCAUGGUUAUGAAUAUGGUCAGUAAUUUCUGAUGUCUCAACUAUUAUAGAUGGUAAAUGUUAUGUUUUGUGCAUGAUGAUUAUAUGUAACACUUGUUAUAGCUAGCUAGCUAAAUAAAAAUGUUACAUUUUCAUGUUUUUUUUC